AAUCCAUCCAUCCACUACUACUAUUCAUUCCCCCUUCCGACUACAAAUCACCCCAUCCUCAACGCCGCCAGUUCCAUCGCCCUGCCUAGGCCCCGAUACUAGCGUGGUGUGACAUCGUCUGUCCGAUCGGCAGAUACAUCCACCGCAGGCCAGACGCCCUCCGCCUAUCCUCCAACGAUCAUGUAGCAAGCUCAGUCUUGCUCCCCUCCGUCAGUACAACGAUGGUGCUCUCCCUAUCUGUCCCUAGCUUCUCUCGAUCCACCACCACUACCUCGCCCCCGCUUCGUUCCAGCGAUGGCACCCACUCCACCACCAUCAGCGAGGCCCUCCGCAACAACCCCUUCGGCAUCACCUCCCGAACUCGCCCCAUCGCCGCCCCGAACCCCACCUCCGAGGACCAAAAACGAGAGCAGGACGAGCUGAACCAUGCCCUGCAGACCCUCGCUCGAAUCUUCCCCGAUAUCCGCGUCGAGGUAUUCCGAGAACUCCUGGUCCGAUUCGACGGACAGAGCCGUCUCCAUGUCUGCGUCGAGCAGUUACUUCGUCACAAAGAGGAAUGGGUAGCAGGGCGAUGGAAUGCGUCAGCCGAUGCCGGGGGGUCGGAGGGUGAUGGUGGCGUUGUCCACCAACUCAACGGCAAUGAGCUUCUGGUUCCCCCUAAUGAGCUGUUCCGGUCAGAUGAAUACAAAGUUGCCGUCAAGCUAGCUCUUACGAAGGAGUUUAGUGGUCUGAGUAAGAGUGCGGUGGAGGCUGUGUUGGCAGAGGUGAAUUUCUGUUACAUACGAGCCCGUCCGACUUUGCUUGAUCUCUCCCGGAGAACCUGGCGCGCGACGUUCAACAGCAUCCUACCUUCCUUUAAGCGCCACAAGAGCGAGCAUCCGCUGAUCGUGUGGCAGCGUCGUACAGACGGUGACUUGGUCCCGCGGCUGAAGAAGACCGGAUGCCAAGAGUUGGAUCGGGAACUUCAUGAAAUCUUACUGGCGCCGCUACUUCGAACGAGGCAGGAGGAGAGGGAAAUCAAGGACCUCAAGUUGGCGGAGGAGCUGAACGAGACCGAAGCCAAGGCGGUUGAUGCUGUUUAUGAGUGCGAGUGCUGCUUGGCCGAUGUGACCUUUGAGCAGAUCUCGACAUGCUCGGACAACACGCACAUUAUCUGCUACGGCUGCAUCCGGCGAACGAUCCACGAAGCCUUGUUCGGCCAGGGCUGGGGCAAAUCGGUAGAUGUUGAGAAGUCAACACUGAAGUGCCUGGCGCCGUUCGGCCACGACAGCUGCCACGGGUCCCUGAACCCGGAGAUCGUCAAGCGGGCUAUACUACUCGAUAAGGCUGGGCUUGAGACGUAUGCCAAGUUCGAGACGCGACUUGCCUCGGAGGUUUUGCUCAAGUCCCAGUUGAAGCUCAUUCGAUGCCCCUUUUGCUCCUACGCGGAGGUUGACCCCGUGUACCAUCCUUCUGCCGGCGGCCUUGCCUGGCGCUUUCGCCGAGAUGGGCUCAUCUCCAGCCUAUUGAUCACUAUCUUCUUGCUCGACUUGAUACCCCUACUUCUUAUACCUGUAACACUACUUUACCUUCUAGAUCCUUCUGUCGUGACCACUAUCUUUGACAACGCCCUCCUCAACCUCUGCCUCAAGAUCCGGGCCAAACGGUUCACCUGCGCGCAUCCGGCCUGUCGACGGGUCAGCUGCAUCACCUGCCAAAAGCCAUGGCGUGAUCCGCAUGUCUGUCACGAGCCACUCCUCCUCGACCUGCGGGCCACCGUCGAGGCUGCCCGAACCGCUGCCGUGAAGCGCACCUGUCCUCGCUGCGGACUCUCGUUUGUAAAGUCAUCCGGUUGUAACAAGCUAACCUGCGUCUGCGGCUACUCCAUGUGCUACCUCUGCCGCAAGGCCCUCGGGCCUCCCAGCAAGCCCGCCAACCGCCGAGGCCGUCCUCGACCGCGCCGUCGAGUAAACCUCGUAGAAAACCUCGAUCCGGCUGCCGGGCCCGCGGGGCUUGACGGCGACGACAACGAUGAAUUUGCUAACGAAGACGAAUUCGAAGAAAUGGAAGGCUACAAGCACUUCUGCGAGCAUUUCCGGAUCAACCCGGGCUCGCACUGCACAGAAUGCAACAAAUGCGAGCUCUACCAAGAUGAAGACGAAGAAGCCGUGGCGCGUCGCGCCGGCGAGAAAGCCGAACGUGAAUGGCACGCGCGCCAGGGCACCGCUGGCGUCGGCAUCGGGACUCUCCGCGUCAACAACGACUUCUCCGUAUCCGAAGGUAAACGUCGCGGUGGUAGUGGACGGUUGAUCCUCCACCAUCAAGGCAAGGGCUGGACCUACUGGCUCGAUGAAGUGUGGCGCGAUGGCCGGUGGAAACUCGAGGGUCAGACCUUGGUAGAUUGGGUAGUGGAACGGAUCAUCGUGAUCGACGAGAUAUAACCCUUCCUUCCCCCCCUGCUCUUCCUCCUUUCUCUCUUGCUCCUCUCCUCUUGCUUUGGCGUAAUAUGGACGGUGUUUUGAGAUGCCGAAUGAUUGAGCGAUCACAAAGAACUCAUACAGAAAUCGAUUGGCUAAUUUGCAUUGGAAUGAAUGACUGAAUGGAAUUGACUGGAUUGGAUCAGCACAAUUGGAAUUGGACUUGGACUUGGUGCUCUGAUGAUGAGACGAUACGAUUACACGACUUGUCGUUUCUACUGCUUCUAUGGAUUGAGAAUUGAAUGCCUUGCUUGGUAGCUUGAGUCUCUGAUACUAGGGAUGAUACGAUAGUUUACCUACUUGACCUGGAUUUGCUCUCCUACCUUGGGUCAGAGAAUAUGGCAAAUCUUCGUAUUGGGUACAAUCGGUAGAACCGUAUCUAAGAAACGACAUCCGAUCAGGUAAUUAGCCAGUCGUUAGCCAAUGCCCCAUCACCAAAUGAG